AUGCCCGAUGUUGCGUUUGAGGCAUCGUUGGCAAGGUCGUCCUUCGUCGCAGAUCAUGUGGGAUCUUCUACAGUAAACACACGCCAUUCCGACCUUUUUGCGUUUCCUUUGCGGUUUGGAGGCCCCGUUCUCUCCGUUAGAUCCAUUGGCGCUGUUGGAUCCAUUGGAUCCAUUGACCGGGGACUGCGACAACCCCCUUUGACCGCCUCUGGAGAAGACUCCAUAUUUUUAUCCACCACAACGUAUGCUAUCGUCACCACAACAACAGCCACCAGAAACUUGACUAGCAUCCCAUACACAACACCAUACACCUCUCCUUCACUAUAA